AUGAAGCUACUUAUCCUCCUCGUACCUACUCUGGCAUCAGCCUUCUCUCUUGCUCCUCUUUGCCGAACUGGAAGCACAACACUUUUGAGAGCGGAUGCUUCUUCUUCUGCGGAAGAAGAAGAUGAUGGUCUUGUACUCGAUGGACUCGACAAGAAGAUGAACCAAUUCAAAACGGAAUAUUCGUUCAGCGAGUCUGAUUAUCUUGCAGCUGCAAGAAAACGGGCAGAAGAACGAAAGGAGAGUGUCAACUCGGGUGCAUCCGACGAAGAUUGGAAAAAGAUGGCCGAAACGAAGGAAUCGCAAUUUGGAAAGGUUGACGACUGGGAUAACUCUGUCAAGGAAGCUGGAAACGCGGAUUCGCAAAUUCUCAUGUUCACUGAUCCUCCUGCUGAUGGGGAAGGUGGUGAAGAGGGAGAAAGUGGCGACAAACUUUUGUUGUUCUAA